AAGCAUUUCUUACUUUCUCAUUCUCUUUGCUACCACUCUGUUAUAGCCAACAUGCCACCCAAAGGACGAAAGCCAGCCAAGCGAUGGUCCCUAUAUCCAACACUCCAUGAUGAUGUAGCACGCUUGCUGGAAGAAGAAGACCUUGCCCUCGACUUUUAUGAUGUCGACACUGAUGGCGGCAACACUGGUGAGCGCGAUACUAACAUCAUGGGUCGAUUCACAUGCCGCAACGGCAGGUGUGGAUCCUCCGGAUGGUCAAGCAAGAAAAUCGCCAUCACGAUACGGAUGUAUCCCGAGCAGAAAUACAAUGCACGAGUGUAUCAUCAGCGUUGCAGGAGCUGCAACGUGAUCAGUCGACCAGUCCUGGACGAAUCGUAUGCGGAAAGAGUUACAUACUGGAUUAAGAAGUGGAAUGGAGUUGAGGUGGUAAGGCCUGAUGAUACUUUCCGGAAUAGCAAAGGUCCACAUAAUAGUCAGUUGUGUGAGGGAUGUAAAGCUGGUCAUUGCAGUGAGUCAGGGGGCGACUGGAUUGCCCAAAUGAAGAGAUUAACUAUCUGAACUAGGCCUUCUGGUUCUCUCUAUUUUCAUGAUUUAUCUGCGAUUGUCUGGAUUUUACUAUUUGUGAUUUCAAUUACCGUGCUUAUUUAGCAGUCUGCAUGAGUCCAAGAAUCGGGAAAAGGGAAUACUCAAGUUCACUCACAAUCCUUCACGAUAUCACGAUCUCAUGAAUGUUAUUUACUGUUAUUCUGAGACAUCAGGGUCCCAAUUUGUAGCCCGCAGAAUCUUUCCAUUUCUGAAAUUCUCUAAAACAUGCUUAUGGC